AUUAUAAAUCAGUAUUUGUAUGUAUAUAUUCCUCCUCACAUUCCCACAGAAAUAUUAUAUCAGAAAGAUGGCUAGAGACGGUGUACCGGUGAUAGAUAUGCAAAAGGUUGAGGGAUUGGGGGAGGAAUUGGUGAGGGCGUGUGUCGAAUGGGGUUGUUUUAGGAUGAUCAACCAUGGUGUCGCGAUGGAGCUCAUGGCGGAGAUGAAGGCGACAGCCGCCUCGCUGCUUGAUCUCCCGGAGGAGAUCAAGCAACGAACGGUUCAUACUGAACAAGGUAAGGGUUAUGUUGAACGGAACCAAGGAACUCCGUUUUUUGAAACUUUAAGUGUCGAUGAGAUUAGUUCGCCAGGUGAGUUUUGUGAUCGCCUUGAUGCUUCACCACACCAAAGGGAGGUUAUAUACAAGUAUAUAAAAGCUAUUCGUGAACUCGCCGGGCUUCUUGGCCGGAAAUUGAUGGAAGGCAGCGGUUUGGCCGGAGAUUUGUUCGACGGUUGGUGUUGCCAAUUAAGAAUGAACAAAUACCACUACUGCCCUGAAAGCGUAGGGUUGAGCGGCGUCGGCAUGCACUCCGACCCUACGUUUCUGACCAUUUUACAAGAUGAUGAGAACGUAAACGGUCUGCAAGUGGUCGACAAAUACUCCGGCGAGUUUGCUCCGGUGGACCCCGUUCCCGGCUCACUAGCCGUCAACGUCGGUGAUAUUGCCAAGGCAUGGAGCAACGGGCGAUUUUGUAACGUGAAGCAUAGAGUCCGAUGUUUCGAGCCCAAAACACGUUACUCCAUAGUAUUAUUCGUGUUAGGACCAAACGACACAAAGGUCGAAGCACCGUCAGAACUCGUGGACUCGGACCACCCUCGUCUUUACGUUCCCAUCGACAUCAAGGAAUACCGACAUGUUCGAACCUCCAAAAGGUUACACACUGGUGAUGCUCUCGACAUAUUUAGCACCACCGCAACAUGACAAUCAUCAUCAAAACGUUUCUCGUAAUAUCAACUCUCCGCACUCGUGUUAUUAUGUAUUUAAUUUAACAUUUACGUUCUAC